CGCAGCAAGAAGACGAGAAUGAGCUUGUUCGGGCAUCGAGAGUGAGUUUGUUUUAGCGCAGACAAGCAACAGGAGACAGAUUUCCACACAGCCUAUCAUCACCGGCACGGCAGCACAGAGAAGACAUCGCUUGCACACUAGCAGUUGUUGAGCACGCCCCGCACAUCAUUUCUUGCCUUGCCUACUCUCUCUGUCCCGGGUCCGGCCGGGGCCGAGACUUGGCCAGCCACGACCACGAGACGCAACGCCACAGCUCUGCAUCAGCCAGCCGCCAUCGAUGGUCGCCGUCUUCAACAAGGACGUCCUGAGCUGGUACCUCAUCACGAUCAAGCUCAGGGAGGCCGUCGACGCCAACCUCCAGAAGUCCCCGCCGCCGCCGCGGGAGCGGGACCUGCCGCUGCGGAUCACGAACGGCGCCGACGCGUCGCCGCCGCCACCGGUCCAGCGCCAGUCGGAACAGGACCGGCCGGCCACCAGGUCGCGGGCGCUGUCCCCGGCGCACAGCCCCAAGCCGCAGGACUCGGAAUGGGUGAUCGCCAUCCGCGGGAAGCUCGCGCAGGCGCGCGCCGAGGAGGCGGCCUGCCCCUGGGCGCGCCUCUCCGUGUACCGCGUGCCCAAGUGCCUCCGCGACGGCGACGAGCGCGCCUACACGCCGCAGGUGGUGUCCAUCGGGCCACUCCACCACGGCCGCCGGCGGCUACGGGAGAUGGACCGCCACAAGUGGCGCGCGCUGCACCACGUGCUCAAGCGCACGGGCCACGACGUCACCGCCUACCUCGGCGCCGUGCGCGCGCUCGAGGACCGGGCGCGCUCCUGCUACGAGGGCCGCGCCGCCGGGAUGGGGAGCAACGACCUCGCCGAGUGCCUCGUGCUGGACGGCACCUUCGUGCUGGAGCUCUUCCGCGGCGCGCUGGACGGCGGGAAGGGCUUCGUCGACGACCUGGGGUACUCGCGGCACGACCCCAUCUUCGCCAUGCGCGGGGCAAUGCACGCCGUGCGCAACGACAUGAUCCUGCUCGAGAACCAGGUGCCGCUCUUCGUGCUGGACCUCCUCCUCGGGAUCCAGAUCGGCAACCCGGAGCAGACCGGCGCCGUCGCCAGCCUCGCCGUGCGCUUCUUUGACCCGCUCAUGCCCACCGACGCGCCGCUGCUCCGUAAGGACCGGUCCAAGCUGGAGUCCUCCGUCGGCGCCGACGCCACGGCGGCGUUCGACCCGCUGUCGUGCCCGAUGCUCCACUGCCUCGACGUGUUCCGACGGAGCCUCCUGCGUGCCGGCCUGCAGCCGACGCCGCCACCGCCCGUGCGGCUGUGGCCCAAGAAGUGGUCCGGGCUGCGGCGGGUGGCGGACAAGCGGCGGCAGCAGUUCGUGCACUGCGUGUCGGAGCUCCGGGAGGCAGGCAUCAGGUGCCGGCGGCACAACACGGACCGGUUCUGGGACAUCAAGUUCGACAACGGCGUGCUCCACAUCCCGCGGAUCCUCGUCCACGACGGCUCCAAGCUGCUGUUCCUGAACCUGAUCGCGUUCGAGCAGUGCCACAUGGACAUCGCCACCCCGGGCGGCAACAACAUCACCUCCUACGCCAUCUUCAUGGACAACCUCAUCAACUCGGCGGAGGACGUCAAGUACCUGCACGACCGCGGCAUCAUAGAGCACUGGCUCGGCAGCGACGCCGAGGUGGCCGACCUCUUCAACCGCCUCUGCGAGGAGGUGGUGUUCGACAUCAACGACAGCUACCUCUCCGGGCUGUCGGACCAGGUGAACAGGUACUACGACUACAAGUGGAGCACGUGGGUGGCAAGCCUGCAGCACAACUACUUCAGCAACCCAUGGGCGAUCGUCUCCGUCGUCGCUGCUGUGUUCCUGCUGCUGCUCACCAUGGCGCAGACCUUCUACAGCGCCUACAGCUACUACCGGCCACCCCAAUAAUGAAUAAUGAUCGAUGGCUAUGUCCUACUUCUAUCAAUCGGAAUUGCACCUAGUCAAAGUUUGAUCUUUCCUGGACUGGCACUGUGCAAUUUUCGAGGGAUUCCUAGUUUGCUGAUUGCGUGAUUCGAUCGAGCGAUAGUUGUAACCGAUUUCUUCUUUUCGGUUUUGGUUAUUCUUUGUCACAAAGGGAAGAUUUCUUCCAUUUGAAUUGUUAUUGUACUUGCUCCGGUGGGAGGUGGCAUUUUGACCACAUAAUUAAUUUAAGAAAAAUGGUUUUAUAGAACCCAAA